AUGAAAAAAUUUGCAAAGUUUAUUAUUAUCAGUGCAAAUGGUUCAGGUGAAUUAAAUUUUGCUGUCAAUGUUGAAACGUUGGCUUCUGUUAAGUUAACAUUUCGAGGUUUAAAAGCUCGUAGUUGGAUGAAUUCAGAAUCAUUUUCAACUGAAAUUAAUGAUUCAAUUGAUGAAGCUCGUAGUACAAUUUGGGAUUCUAACGAUGUUGAUUUGGAUAAUUCAAAACAGAUAAACAAUAACGAAGAUCCGAAUAAAAAAUUAGUGUCGAUUAGUUUAGACUUACGACGUAUCAGUCAGUUAUUAUCAAGUCCAAGAAUUGCACCAUCUUGUUUUGUUUGUAAUAUUAUACAUGAAAAGUUAGCACAAUUUCUAGUGUUAUUUGACAAUUAUAAAUUGAAAUAUAAUAUACCUGCAUCUAAUUUAUAA